AUGCAGAACUUCCGAUAUCAGGGCACGGCGAGUGAUGCAGCAGCGCUCGAAGGCAUCGUCAGCGCGAUGACCAGGCACCAGAGCAACGCGCACAUACAGGAGUGUUUAUGCAAGUUGCUGUCUAAGAUAGCCGAGAACGACGAGCAGAGCAGGCUCUGGGCUACACAAGCGGGAGCGAUCCAGGCCGUCUUUAAAGUCAUCGAUACCCACGCGAACAGCACGUUUUCAGUGUUUCGGGCGUACUGGGCCCUCGACUCCAUCAUGCAGAACUUCCGAUAUCAGGGCACGGCGAGUGAUGCAGCAGCGCUCGAAGGCAUCGUCAGCGCGAUGACCAGGCACCAGAGCAACGCGCACAUACAGGAGUGUUUAUGCAAGUUGCUGUCUAAGAUAGCCGAGAACGACGAGCAGAGCAGGCUCUGGGCUACACAAGCGGGAGCGAUCCAGGCCGUCUUUAAAGUCAUCGAUACCCACGCGAACAGCACGUUUUCAGUGUUUCGGGCGUACUGGGCCCUCGACUCCAUCAUGCAGAACUUCCGAUAUCAGGGCACGGCGAGUGAUGCAGCAGCGCUCGAAGGCAUCGUCAGCGCGAUGACCAGGCACCAGAGCAACGCGCACAUACAGGAGUGUUUAUGCAAGUUGCUGUCUAAGAUAGCCGAGAACGACGAGCAGAGCAGGCUCUGGGCUACACAAGCGGGAGCGAUCCAGGCCGUCGAGGCGAAGCUCAGGGAGAUGAGGGAGGAGGAAAUCGACGAUCUUGGAUGGGCGGGGACUCGGUAUGCAAGACUCAGAAGAGCCUACUCGAGUUCAGUAUUGCCGGUUUAG